AUGGACUUGGGAGUUACAGUUGAAGAGAGAAAAUUGCAAAUUCAGGAACUAGAAGAGCUGUGUUUAGAAGGUUAUGAGAAUUCCUGUUUAUAUAAAGAAAGAACUAAAAUUUUACAUGACAAGGGGAUUUUAAGAAAGGUUUUUCAGGAAGGAGAUAAGGUACUUCUCUACAAGGCAAGAUUUAAGCAAGGGAAACUACAUGCAAGAUGGGAUGGACCAUUUGUUGUGCUCAAAGCUCAUAAUUUUGGAAUGAUAGAGAUCCUGGAUGAGCAAACUGGACAUGUUCACAAGGUCAAUAGACACUUGAUAAAGCACUGUCAUGCCAAUGACAAGCCAUCGUAA